ACGACUUUAUCUGUAUAGUUUCUCGUCCAGUUUGGUAGUAAAAGAACAUUCAAAAAAUUAUAAAACCGUAUCCUCACGAUUUCCAUAGACCGCUGUUAAUUGUUUAAAACACGUUUAGGAUAUUUGGAUAUUAUGUGCUAAAGGUGUCCCACCUUCCCCCACCCUACUAUAUAACAUGCUGUAGCCAUACUCCAUACACCAAAUGUAAUGUUCGUCAAACUAUCGAUACACUACUUCAAACAGCACAUGUUAAGUUUAGCCGACUGUAAGUAAACGAAAGUUUUCAAGUAUUUGCUGAUGUCACGAUCAAUACUCAGAAGCGCCAAUGUUACGACGAGUAUACAGGAUACAAAUACUCUAAUUCUGCGCUAAGUAACGAAUCAUAAAGCUAGGUGUAGAUAUUUCUUUGUUUGUUCUUUUUACACAAAGGCGAGCUACGCUGUAGUGUAGCGUCGCUUAAAAGAACAAACAAAGAAAUAUUUAUCUAGCUUAAAAGUCGGUUUAGUAAAAUAGUAGAUUUUAUAAAAACUUAUAUUUUAUGAAAGUGGUCACGACUUUGAAGAACGUUUAGUAGCACGAAGUGAUCUCAAUUAAUGCCAAUUGCUGUCACGGCCGCUACGACUAAUGUGGUCAAAUUGACUCAAAUAUACAGUGAUGAUUAAUGUCAGUCCAUGCAAGUCAAAUGUGAUGGUUAGUGGGUAAAUAUAAAGCCUUUGGGCGCCUUAAAGCUGAUUCGGCUGAAUGUUAGUUAAUGUAUAACAAAACCACAUGUAGAUUUAAUGUAGAAAAGCAACGCGUAGGCUUAGCGGACUUCGUAUAGACAAAGUAAACUUCAAUGCACGAGGUUAAAUUUUCCGGGCAUUUUUAAGCGUUUAAGCCAGUUAUACCGACACUUGGUUCGGCUAUCGUAAAACGUCUUUAUACACAUAGCAGUCGAGUCGAAUUUAGAGCGAGAAUUUAAACAGUUUUUUUACAGUAGUUUAGAACGUGUAGGGCAGUUACUUCAAUAGGAGUCCCAUUACAAGCUCAGUUGUUUUGCAAAGACGUUAUAACGUGCAAAUGCACCAUGGUGAUUUUAUAACAGCAAAGUUUAUAAUGUAGAGAAAUAAAACGUAAAAAAAACUAAUUUCAUGCUUCAUCAGAUUUCUGAGGCUUUUGAGGAUUUUGAAACAACCGAAUAAACAUGAGCAAACCCAUCUUGUAUUACACCGACGGUAGGGGGCGUGCUGAGAAGAUAAGAUGGAUGCUCGCUGCGUGUGGGAUCGACUACAAUGAAAGUUUUAUAUCAAACAAAGUUGACUUUCAAAGACAACAGGCUGAAGGACUCUACUUGUUCAAAGAGAUCCCAAUGCUAGAAAUAGACGGGAUGAGGAUUGUACAAACUGUCUCAAUACUGCGUUAUUUAGCUCGUAAAGGAAACUUUAUGGGUGAAACGGAGAAAGAACAAGUUUUGGUAGACAUGUAUUCAGUCGGCAUGGUUGAAAUGACGAUACCCGGUUUGUAUUUUCCGUUCAAACCAAACGACCAGAAACCGCAAAUUUGGUUGGGAAUCAAAAAAGAAUUGAAAAAUAAGUUCUUGAACGCGUUUGAAAACAUACUACAGACAACGAACAAUGGUCAUCUUGUCGGAAACAAACAAACAAUGGCCGACGUGUUAUUGUUUGAAUCUAUCAUAUAUUUCAUGGACAUUGAAAAAGAGAUUAUAAAUGAAUAUCCUAAAUUACAGGCAUUUAUGGCAUCUAUGAAAGAAAUACCGUGGGUACAGAAGUUCCUUCAGCCAGGAAGUAAAAGAAAGGAUUUUGCAGACGAGAAAUACGUUGCCAUGGUUACUGAUAUAUUCUUUUCAUAAAUCUCCUUGACGCUGUUAUAUAUACAUAGUACAUUGUAUAUAUUGCUUUACUUGGGCCCAGCAGAACAAUAAGUGUUUAUUUUUAUGUAUAUACUGCUUUCAUGGACGUGCUAUUCUAUUUUAACUGUGUACUGUAUAUUACUAACUUGGUCAACUGUAUUUGCAACUGCCAAAAUAAAGCACUAAUUAAGACGCUGAUA